CCUUUUUAUUUUUUAUUUCUUUCUCACUGUCUGUCACAACUCUUGUAGGAUAUGGUUGCAAUUGCAGAGACCACCACUUUGACAAUAGUUUGAUGCUCGAUUCUCAUUCUCAAGAUGGAUGAAUCGCCUUCAUUGCCUGAUGAACUCAUAUUGGAGAUCCUUCAUAGGGUUCCGGUGAGAUCCCUUCUGCAAUUCAGGUGCGUCUGCAAAUCAUGGAGAACCCUAAUCUCCAAUCCCCAAUUCGCUAACGACCACCUUUCCACCUCAAUCGCUGAUCCAAACAUGACCCACCACCGAUUGGUCUCUUCCACCUUCGGCGACCCCCGCAAAAUCGUAUCUUUCUCCUUGCAGUCGCUGUUCCAAAAUCCAUCAUCCCGUGCUAAACCACUUACCUUGAGGAUGAGUCACAAGUACCACAUUGUAGGUUCCUACAAUGGCUUAUUGUGUUUGUUUGAUGUUUAUCAGGGUUAUUUCAGACUGUGGAAUCCUUCUACCAGGUUGAAAUCCAAAAGAUUGUCAAUCGGUGUUUACCCUGAUGUGAUUAUUACUUACCAUGGUUUUGGCUAUGAUCACGUGAAUCACAAGUACAAGUUGCUAGCAGUUGUGGAAGAUGUUCAUGAAACCCUCACCAAAUUAUAUUCCUUUGGUUCAAAUUCGUGUACUGUGCUUCAGAAUUUCCCGUGUGAACCCACCAGGAUGCAAGGAAAAUUUGUGAGUGGUACUCUUAAUUGGAUAGCUAAAGGAGGUGUAAGUGAUGAUCAAUGGGUGAUUCUUUCCCUUGAUUUGGCAACCGAGACAUACAGUAAAAUGUUGCUGCUUGAUGGGGAUGCUGAGAAGAUUCUUAGUCCUGGGCUACAGGUCUUGCGUAACUGUCUUUGUGUUUGUUUUUUUGACUCUAAGAGUGCUCAUUGGAUUGUGUGGUUGAUGAAGGAGUAUGGGGUUCAUGAUUCUUGGAUUAAAUUGAUGAUGGUCCCUUGCAUUGGGCGUGAGACUAGUGCAAUGUAUCCCUCAUCUGAGCCCUUGUGCAUUUUAGAAGAUGGUGUUGUUCUCAUGAAAAACACAUAUGCCAAAUUAGUUCUGUAUAAUCUGAAUGAUGGUAGGUUUGAUUAUCUUAGGAUUAGGGGCGAACUUGGGUUUAAUAUGCAUAUUUACCUUGAAAGUUUGGUUUCCCCACAAUGUUAAAACCGCAUUUGUGGAUUC